GAUGGGCAUGCUUGGUGAGACGACGUCCAAUUUGACGUCACUGCCUAGAAGGAUCAAGAGGUUUCGCGUGCCUUUCUUGUCAUCCAAACUGUCGAGAAGGGCAUUUCCGUCCGUCCGUCCGCUCUCGGAUGCAACCCGACUUGGGUAGACGGUCGAGUCUGGCAGCAGCGCAUUAUCUGAUCAUACCAACCAAGACGUUACCGCCGUUCCGAGAAUACACCGCGCCAGGGGGGUCAGAGCCGCGCCGACCACCGGCGCCAUGUCUCGCCUCGAACGCUGAUCCCGUGGCCGCACGCAACAAUCUGCAAACUUGCUCGGCAAGGGGGCACGGGAGUCGGCGCAGAAGGGCGGUAGAGGAACGUAUUCUUCAUGUUACCUCCAUGCUGCCAUGUCCAUGCAGGUCGAGAUACGUACCUUUUUCUCUCCCCCUCCACCCUCCACCCUCCACCCCUCCGCUUCACCCCUGCACGCCACCUCUCCCUUCUGAACCCUGGAAGCAUGCAAUGCCAAGGCCAUACCCGUCGAGCGAGUUGCAACUUUGUUGGGUAUCUCCGAUCUUGUGGGUGUGCACCGAGCCCCUGGCUUCCGUGUGUGGUGGAGCCUCGCCUCGCCUUACAGCCUUCUUGACGAGAAUGACAAUGUGGGCGGAAGGGCCCCUGAUCGACAUAUAUAAGAGCUGGCUCCCAUGCUAGGUGUUCAGCCAUGCCCUCGCUCUCACCUUCUCGCUUUUCGACUAUCCACGC